AUGGAGGAUGACAGAGCAAAGAAGUUUAUUGAGUCGAGGGACGCGCAGGAGUUGGAAGAGUGCACCAAGGCUCAGCUGCAGCUAGUGGCGGACCAUUUUGGGUUGAGAUUGAGGUUCUCCAGGGUGGCGGAGUGUCGGAUUAAGAUCAUGGCUCAGCUCAAGGCCCGAGAGGAGGCUUCCGAGGAAGGACCGCUCCAGGUACCUGCCAGUGUUGGUGGGAACCGGAGCGACGAAGGUAGCAGUAGAGGAUCAAGCAAUAGUAGCAGUAGAAGCCUGAAGCUAGAGAUGAUGAAAAUGCAGCUUGAAGCUCAGCUGAAGCGGAAGGAGCACGAAGCUCAGCUGAACUGUGAGGAGUGUGAAGCCCAGUUGAAGUGUGAGGAGCGUGAAGCUCAGUUGAAGCGUGAGGAGCACGAAGCUCAGCUGAAGCGAAAGGAGCGUGAGCGGAAAGCCCAGCUGAAGCGAGAGGAGCGUGAAGCCCAACUGGAGCGGGAGGAGCAUGAACACGAAGCCCAGCUGAAGCGGAAGGCUCAGCUGAAGCGUGAGGAGUGCAAAGCCCAACUACAACGAGAAGAAGGAGAAAGACAACUGCGACGGGAAGAACUAAAAGCGAAGAAGGAGGUUGAGAUGCGUCGGGCGGAGCGCGGGCUGCCCUCAGUGUCGGCUCGGCGGGAUGACCCCAAGGUCCGGGAACGCGACCUACCGACCUUUGACCCUCUAGAUGUUGAAGCUUUCUUCGACCAUUUUGAGAGGAUAGCGACAUUGAAGGAAUGGCUGGAAGAGGAUUGGGCUGCGUUAGUGCAAAGUAGGGUGACUGGCGAGGCCAGGGAAUCCUAUAACAUGUUGGACCUUGAGGAAUGCGCCAUUUACGACAUGAUCAAGAAAGCUGUGCUCCAAUCGUAUCGACUAACCCCGGAGGUUUACAGGAAACGCUUCCGUGAGUACGCAAGAGCUUCUGGAAGGUCGUAUGCUGAAACUGCUCGGGACAUGGAGCGCAAGUUCCUGCGAUGGCUGAAGGCUGAGGAGGUGGAGACGAUGGAGGAGCUGAAGCAAUUGAUGGUGAUGGAAAGAUUCCUGUCAAUGCUCCAUCCAGAACUAAGGGUCAGGAUCAAGGAGGCUGGUAUUAGAGAACUUAAGGCCACUGCAGACAGAGCUGACCUGCUGGAAGAGGCACUACAUCUCGGGAAGGAAGAACCGACUAGGCACUCGCCUUACCCAAGAUUUGAGGGAAACUUCAAGAGUUCAGGAGGGGCGUGGACGGGUAGAGAUUCUCCCAAGGAUAGUGCACACAGUGAGCCAACCUGA